CGUCGCGAAUCUCCUCAAGAACCUCAGACCCUACCUAUACGCAACAUGGCGUCCGCAUACAAAUCAGCCUUGCGCUCCGGUCACCUGUCAGAGUCCGACUCGGAUUCGGAAUCAGUGUCUUCAGCAGAACAAAGCAGCAACACAGUAGAAGCAGAAGAAUCGGAUGAGGAUGAACAACACAGCAGUUCGAAGCCAAAGGAAAAGCAAAAUGGCCUCUCCUCUGUACCGGUCGAGGUCAGAAAUCGAAUACUCAUGCUCACAUCUCGAGGAGUAUCGUAUCGACACCGUCACCUUCUCAGUGAUUUACAUUCCCUCCUUCCACACACCUACAAGGACACCAAACUCGACACGAAGUCGUCCAACAACUACAACUCCGCCCUCAACGGCCUGGCCGACCUUCAUUCCUGCAACUACGUCUUUUUUCUGGAGGCGCGAAAGCACGGUCAAGAUUUGUACCUGUGGCUGGCGCGGGCUCCCAAUGGCCCCACGAUCAAGUUCAGCGUGACCAACGUACACACCAUGGCGGAACUCGGCUUCGGCGGCAACUGUCUGAAAGGAGGACGAGGUCUCGUGGUGUUCGACAAGAGUUUCGACGAACAGGUUGCAGCAGGCCAGGAACAUCGAUCCCUGAUCCGGGAAAUGCUUCGAGGGGUCUUCUGCGUACCCCCCAAAGGUGUGAGAGGCAUGAAACCGUUCGUCGAUCGCAUCAUCGGCAUUUAUGGGCUCGAUGGCAAGAUUUGGAUCCGAGUCUACGAGAUCCGUGAGGCCGAACCCGACAAGGCCGACAACGCAGAACCCGGCAAAGGGGCGGACGUUUCCUUGGUCGAGAUCGGACCUCGCUUCGUCCUGACACCAGUGGUCAUCUUGGAAGGAAGUUUCGGCGGGCCGGUGAUAUAUGAGAACAAGCAAUUCGUCAGCCCCAACCAGUUGAGAGCCGAGACAAGAUUGAAGAGAGCUGGAAGGUAUGCGAGCAGGAAAGGAGGCGCAGAGGAUCUCGCCAUCAAGAAAAAGAGUCUGGGGAUCGAACCAGGAAUGAAGAGGAAGGUUUCGGCUUUGGACAAUGCCCAAUUAUUUGGUUGAUCUGGUACCCAGAAAUUUUCCCUCCGGUCUGGUUUUUUGAGUAUUGCCCAAUCACCAGGCCUGAAGGAUGGGAUUGUCACGAACAUGGAUUUGGAUGCGUCGUCGACUUGACGAGGGCAAAAUUCCUCGUUACGUCGCGUCCGAGUUUGCACCUGUUUCUAGCGACACCGAGAUCCAGGUGGUCUUGACAGGAGACUGCAGUGUUGGUCAAAAGAUCAUGGACUUCGUCCCAGAGUCAUGAAGCCUUAUCCCGGUAUGGGUGCCUAUGGGCUCUAUUUCCUCGGGACACUUUUACCGAGCCGCAAAAUAUCGACGAGAUGUGCUGGAGGUGAAAGAUUCGAGCCUGACCACACAAGCACACCAUUUCAGUCCAUGUCCACGAACCAACGCACAGAAUUACCAAAUCAUUCCGACCCAGAGCUGAUACUGGCGCUCUUUGUCUUUGUCCCUCAAGCCAUGACCAUGUACACAUGGGUACGUCUUCCAUGGGUUGGUUCAUGACGACUUUUUUUUAAAACCUGGUACGAAUCUCGAAGACGCAACAUUUGGACGGGGAUCAACAACGACGACGAUGCGAUCAUUGAGUGACCGGCCAUGAACAAAAAGUGAGAUCAUCAGCCGGGGGUGGAGAGGGUGGAAGCGAAGGUGACUGACUGGAGGGGCCUUGGGCCGUAAUGAACCUUUGAAAGCCUAUCAAUCCUCAUUUCUCCCUCUUUUGUUCCGCGGUACAUCGCGACAGCGAUCGAAUAGAAAGAAACAACUCGAUAUGUGAACGAGGUUUUGGGACUUUCAAAAAAAGUCACAGAGGCCCAUGCCUACCUACCUUAGCCAGAGGUCCACAGGUAGAUGCUUCAAACCGUCAAGGUAUUACUAUCGAGGACCUUUCUGCUCUCGCGGUGCUUGACUUGGAUCUGGUCACGGUGUUUACCGAAAAUAUCAUUGGACAAAAACUCUCGUCUUCAGACACCUCAACAAAAAAAAUCCAAUAUUGACUCUCUCUUUCUCUCUCUCUC